UCAGUUCACCACCACCUCAAUCACACACCGAGAGCAGAACCGAGUGCGUUGUGUUCAGUUUUUUAUUCGAUAAAAUUUGUAAACUAUAGUAAAUAACAAUAAUAAUAAUAAAAAACGCGACUAAAUAUUUAACCCGACUCUCAUACUCAUACACACUCACACCUUACAAAAAAUUUGCAGAAAAUAACAUCCACACGAGUUUUUGAAGGGAAACAGUUUUUUUUGGCAUUUGAAAUAACAAAAAAAAAAGAAAUUUCGCUUUCUUUGUAUAAAACAAAAGUAUCUUUAGUUUAAUUUUCGAUUUAUAUUUUUAUCGCGUUUCUCCUCACACUCUUUUAAAUUGUAUAGAAAACAGAAAGAAAAAAAAACAAAAUUCAACAUAACUAAAUAGUUUCCGUGUAAAUAGUUUGUGUACAGUUUAUUUUAAUUAAUUCAACAAUAAAAUAAUAUUCACAAAAAAGUUAAAAGACAGAACAGCAUUGCACCGUAAACAAAAAGAACGCAUUAUCAGAGUAAAAAAUAUCCAAACACUUCAGUGAAAAAACAUUUGAACCUUAAAAAUAUAUAUAAAAAAUAGUAAAAAAGGGAAGAAUUUCGAUUGAUUACGAGCAAACAUUUUCAUUCCGGGACUUUGAUAUUUUGGUGAAUGCGAAUAAAUAUAUCAAAAUCAGUUUGUGAUUUUCUCGGCUUUUCAUCGUGUGUUACAAACAAGUUUUGUUUGAAAAAAAAUCAUACACCGAUAGUGAGAAAGGAAGAGAGAGAGAGAAAAGAGGCUCCCCGUGUAUUAAAGAAAUUAUAGAGUGAUUGAGGAAAAAAACAAAUAGCAGAUAAAAGAAUCCAUCAAAAAUCAUUCGACCAUCGAAAGAAUUGUGGACGACGAAAGACCAAAAACAACAACAACUUCACUCAAUUCAAUUGUGAGAGAGUGUGAAUAUUCCUGCGAGAUACAACAAAGAAUACACGGAAAAACAGCGUUUAUAUUCCACACUACAUAGAACCGAGGAAGAGACAGCAGACAUCAUUGCUUGCCAUAUAUACACACAUUUGGUAGCGGCAUCGAAGAAUCGUGUAUUUGUGCGUGGCUUUUAUAAUUGUUGUUGCUAUUUCGUGUUCGCCCCGUGUGUAUGUGCGUUUUUAGUCUGAAUUUUAAUUCCUUUCGGUCGGUUGAUGCCGUCGUAGUCGCCGCCGUCAAUUUCGUCAUUCACUUGUGUAUAGAUUGUAUGUGACUUUACAGUGUUCCUCUUACCAACACACGUACAUCGACAAACACCAACAAUACAGAAGAAGAAAAAAACAAUCGUUGCUUGUUGUGUUUUUAUUUAAAUAUUGAAAUUGGACGAUUUUACAUGUGUAUAAAAAAGCCAGCAACAAAACUAUUUAAAACUCAAUAAAAAUAAAACCAAAUUUGUGUGUAUAACAUUUUCUAGUUGAAUGAACCGUAAAUUGUCCUGUACAUUCUUGUAAUUUACAUUCUUUAGUUCAGUCAUUUCGGUUCUGUUUGUAAAUUGUACAUAUUCAUUUGAAUCCAAAACGAGUAGACAACAAUCGAAAGUGUCAUUUCAUUGUACAGUUCUUUUAACUCUUUCUCUCCAUUGGAUCCAACCGAAUCACCAUAAAUAAAGCGAAAAAAAAAAACGUUUGGCAACACAGUAAAAUACGAUAUUUUGGACAAAAAGUGAAGUGAAACGAAUAUUGUUUUGUGUGUGUAUGACGGCAUUUUGAGUUUGAAAGAGUGUGCGCCUGCGAUUCAUUAUUGUCGGUGCAAACAUCGUCAUUGUCUCUAAACAACAACACGCGCGAUUCCAUACAUUUCUAUCAUUCAGAACCGCACACUUUGUUUUGCAGAGUUAAACAACUUGAGUGGUCGCUUGGACUUGAUGACACAAUCAAUUCGAUCGCAUGAUUAUUGUGCUUAACAUUUAUUAUCGCAUUGAAUCGACGUGGUUUUCCAACAAAUCCAAAAGAUUCAAAGGGAAUUUUGUCAGAGCAAACUACAUAGAACCGCAAACAAAAAAACUUGUAUAUAAUUUGUAAAAAAAGAGAAACGACGUAUUUUUUUGUAAUUAACGCAACAUCCAUUUGUUCUUUCAUACAUGCAACGUAACUUGUUAUCCGCAAGGAAAAUCCGAAAUUUAUCGCCAAUAGCAAUUGUAAACAUUUUUAACUCAUAUCAAUUCUGAUUAGAAUGAGAUUGAUAGUAUCUAUGCAGCUAGAAACGCAUAUAAUCAAACCGUUAAUGGUCAACAAUAUAAUUCAGCUAUAAAAACAACAAAACCGUACAAAGACAUAACUUUGGAGUCAGAAAAUUUAAUCCGACUUGACAACCGGGAUUUGGCGUGCAGUUCACGUUUCACGAGUAAAACUUUCAUGCGAAUAAAUUCCCAGAGAGAGAAGAAGCAUAUCGAAGCAGCUAAACACCGAAAAACCGAGGACUUUUAUUCAAACGCGACCCAUGCCCGUUACAACACAUACGUUUAUAUGUGUAUGUUGAAUUGAGUUUGGCAUUUUAUGCAUGGACAUUGAUAUCAACGCGCACGCUAUUAUAUGUAUAGAAGCGAAAUAAACGUUUUAACAUUGUGUGAGUUGGUUUUCUUGCCGGGAAUAUCACCGUAGACGAAUCGCAUUCGAAAAUAUAAUAACAUUACAAUAGACAUGUUAAAGUGUGUACAAAAAGUGUCAAUUCAGCUCUUCGGGAACUAGUACGAAAAGAGCGGUAGAAAAACAAUCUUGGAAAAAAAAUUGUCAGUCACCGAUCAAACAGGCCGUUGUAAACUAAUCUGACGCGGCCACAACCACAACAACAACGACGACGACGACAGAAUUCAUGGCAAAAAUUCGACAGUUUUAUUGUCACAUGUGAAAUGGUAGCAUAAGGCUGAGUGAAAAAAAGAAUAACAAAACACUACACAAUUUUCAAACGACAAGGCCACACAAUCCGCUCAACAAUUAUUAUCAAUGCAAUAAAAAAAAAUCAACAAAAACCAAAAGCCACGAAAGAAACAAAGACAAAUCGCGCGGUUCGCGAAUUUUUUUUUGUGAAACCCAAGCGUAUUUAAGUGAAUUGAAAAUGUAAAUUUCUAGAUUCAUUUUUUUUUCCACCGCUUAUCUUUGUAAAUAGCCUGUGUAUAUUUUGAAUAAAUUUCCGAAUCGCAUUUUGUAUAUAAUUUUGAUCAAUCGACGAUAAAAGCAAAACACAGAAAAAAGAAAUUUGAAAAUAAAAAAAGAAUUACAUACAUCCAGGUGAAUAAAAAUAAACAUAAAGCAGAAACCGUUUCAUUGCUUUUAAAUUUCGUGUGUGUUAAAUAGAUUGUUUAUGGUAAACGAUCUACGGCCAACAGAAAAAAGUGCGCCUUGUUUUGCAAAAAAAAAAUCAUUAUCGAAGUAAAUAUAUGAAGAAUAUAUAACAAUAUAUUCAAUGUGACAAGUGACCCAAGCAAACGCAGCUCACAACAAAAAAGGUUGUCAAUAUUUCAUCAUAGAACACAACGCUGUUUGUAUCAAAUUUGGUAUUAAAAAAUCUGGUGAACGUAAAAAAGUUGAUUUGCGUGUGAUUUACAUUUCAAAACAAGUGUAAAAAAGAUAAAGAAGAAAAAUCUGACACAUUUCUCGGUGUAAAUAAUUGUAAGAAAAUCAAACAAAGUGAGAAAGAAAAAAGAAUUUAACACUAAAGAACAAGAAAGAAGCGACAAGUGAAAGCAAGAAAGAAAAAAGUGCACGAAAAGAAAAUAGAAAGCAAGUGGUUUUAAAAUGAAACUGCUGGGUGCAAACGACGAUAUGAAUGGUGGCAGAGGACCAUCGUCACAUCGGUCGCAAGACGAUGCAGCCGUUGGUUACGUAUUCCAACGACAUCCCCACGAAGCUGAUUUUCCGCAUUUUUCCCACAAGCAAACACCACAACCGCCGCCAACACGUUGGGCAUCGGGCGACGAAACUAUUAUCGAUAAUCAAGAUAAAUGGAAGUAUAACGGCCCGAUGAAUUCAAACACAAUAUCGGCAAUUGGAGGCGGCAUGUCGAUGCAGCAAUCACAUCAAGUGCCGGCGAAUACAAUUGUUAAACCACCAUCAUUGCCACAAAUGUUGAAUCCAUCGUUGCAUCAGCAAAUGCAGAGCCAACAGGACCGUAGUCGACAACCAACGCAUCAAUUACCGAACCAUUUGAGUGUCGGACCAAAUAUGACUCAUGGCGCAUUGAAUAGCAAUAGUGGAAUGCCACCAUCCAUGCAAAGUGGCGUUGGCAUGUAUGAUCACAUGCAACCCGGUGUUAAUAUGAAUGGUGUAAAUAUGUCGCCAAAAACCGAUCAACAACAAAGUCAAAUGAUGCAAUCUCAACAUUUGAACGCGUUACCGCCACAAAAUCAAUUCCUGCAAAGCAGAAACACAAGCACGAUUAAUACAUCAGCAGCAAAGAAACUCUGGGAAAAAGGUGGAGUAUCCGACAUGAAGUUGACACCUUUACAGUUACACGGUGGCCCAGAACAAGUUUGGCGUGAUUCAACUUGGUCAACACAAGGCGAAGCGAUUUUAGCACCACCACGGCGUUAUCCACAUGACUCAAAUCCAAGUGCUGGCAUUUUAAGUCCACGUGAUUCGACUGGCGGUCUUGGUGUUAAAAUGGUGGAAUACGUUUUGGGUGGUUCACCCACGAACAAAGAGAGCCCAUUGUCAAACAUGGAAUCGCGUUUGCGAGGACUGAAGUUUGAUGAAAAUGAUAAGACGACCGAUGAGAAAGAAAAGGAAAGUUCACCAUUCGACACAAAUGGCCUGAAGAAAGAUGAACCAGUUUCAAAUGGUGGCAUUAACGGCAUUGACGAUGACAAGGGAUUCAACCGUACACCUGGUUCCCGUCAACCAUCGCCCGAUGAAACGAUUUCUCGUCCACAAAUGUUGCUCGAUCCAACCACAAAUAAUUUUCAUCAGCAACAUUUUCAACACAUGCUGAACACCAAUACAAACAUGGACAUGCCAUACCAUCCACCGCUUCAUCAUCAGAUGCAAGGACCAGUUAUGAAUGGUGGACUCCAAGUGCCGCAGAAUUCGAUGGUAAAUCAACCGCAAGGGCACAACUCGAUGGAUUCGUCUGCCGCUUUGCUGCAGCAACAGCACAAUUUUGAUGUACAGCAACUAUUUCGUUCUCAGAAUCCAAGUUUAGCAUCAAAUACGGGCGUUGCACCAGGUCAACCGACAGCUCAGCCACAGAUUCCACAGACUCUACCGUUGCCUUCACAACAGUACUUAGCACAGCAGAGUGCUGCCUAUGCGGCCGCUGCUCAACAACCGACACCAUAUGUCAUUAAUCCAGGUCAAGAUGCGACACGUUAUAUCGAAAUGGGUCUCAUACCAGCAGGAAUGCCGCAAUAUUAUGGUGUGCAUGGUGUUCCAUGGGGGAUGUAUCCAGCCAACUUGAUACCACAACAAAAUUCACAACCGCCACCAAGGCGACCAUUGACACCGUCUCAGCCAGCCGGAGAAAACCAACCACCUUAUCAGCAGAUGAUUCAGGCGUAUUAUGACCAAAGCGGUUCAUUAGUUAUGGGACCAAGAACUGGUACACCGAUGCGUUUAGUAAGUCCGGCUCCGGUGUUAGUUCCACCUGGUGCUCAAGCACGUGCUCCUCAAUCCAUGUAUCCACCACAGCCGCAAUCCGCUCAACAAAAUCUCUACUCGCAACAGAAUGGCUCUAGCGUUGGAGGAUUAGCGUUAAAUACAUCAUCAUUGACGGCACGUCGCGAUUCAUUUGAUCGAAACACAUCGGCAUUCAGUCCAUCACUUGAUUUCAAUUCACCGUCGGUGGCUGCUGUUGCUGCUGCUGCAGCAAACGGAAAUGGUACGGCAAAUCGCAAAUGGCCAGUAAAUAAUUAUGGUGCAAUGGCAUCUGUUAGUCCAUUGGCGCCGGGCACACCACCACCAUCAGGUUUGGGUGCUUUAGUGUCUAAUCGAGCUCCGGGAGCUGAAACGAAAUACCGUAAUGUCAAUCAAUUGGCACCGGUCGGUUUGUCAACCGCAAACACCAUUUUCGGGUCAUCAAAUUCAUUGUUCUCGAAAAUUCCUGGCACUGUGCCGGUGACUGUUUCUACUGUUGCACCGGGUGCAUCGACCACACGAUCAACAACAGCAACAACACUCGAUCGUUCAUCGGGUCGAUCACGUUUACUCGAAGAUUUCCGUAAUCAACGCUAUCCAAAUUUGCAGUUGCGUGAUUUAACCAAUCACAUUGUUGAAUUUUCACAAGAUCAACACGGUUCACGGUUCAUCCAACAAAAAUUGGAACGUGCAACAGCUGCUGAAAAGCAAUUGGUUUUCAAUGAAAUUUUAUCGUCGGCAUACAGUUUGAUGACCGAUGUAUUUGGUAAUUAUGUGAUUCAGAAAUUCUUUGAAUUUGGAACGCCAGAACAAAAAUCAACCUUGGCCCAGCAAGUAAAAGGCCACGUACUGCCGUUGGCAUUACAAAUGUAUGGUUGCCGUGUUAUUCAAAAAGCACUUGAAAGCAUUCCAUCAGAACAACAACAGGAAAUUGUUCGUGAAUUGGACGGCCAUGUGUUGAAAUGUGUUAAGGAUCAAAACGGCAAUCAUGUGGUACAGAAAUGCAUUGAAUGUGUUGAACCGGGCGCACUUCAAUUUAUAAUCAGUGCUUUCUCGGGUCAAGUAUAUACGUUGAGCACACAUCCGUAUGGUUGUCGUGUUAUCCAAAGAAUUCUUGAACAUUGCACAGUCGAACAAACUGCACCAAUUCUAGCUGAAUUGCAUGCACACACCAAGAAUCUGAUUCAGGAUCAAUACGGAAAUUAUGUGAUUCAACAUGUUUUGGAACAUGGAAAACCCGAGGAUAAAUCUGUAUUAAUUGCUAGCGUACGUGGAAAGGUGUUGGAAUUGUCACAGCAUAAAUUUGCAUCGAAUGUGGUCGAAAAAUGUGUUACACAUGCAACACGUGCCGAACGAGCCUUCCUCAUCGAGGAAGUCUGUCAAUUUAAUGAUAAUAUUUUACACAUUAUGAUGAAAGAUCAGUACGCCAACUAUGUAGUACAGAAAAUGAUUGAUGUGUCAGAGCCCACACAGCGUAAAAUUUUAAUGCAUAAAAUUCGGCCGCACAUGAAUUCAUUGCGAAAGUACACAUACGGAAAGCAUAUUAUUGCCAAAUUGGAAAAGUUCUUCAUGACAAAAUCGACUACAAAUGCUUUGACUACAUCGGCAGCCGCUGCUGCAGUAGCCGGCGUAAAUAGUACAGGCGGGGUCAAUGUUUCAAUUGGAAGUGGAGUGUCAUCGCUAAACACGAGCUUGACAACAAAUGCAUCGAAUACAAGCACAUCGUCAGUUGUGUCAACAAUUAAUGUAGGAGUCGGUGGCAACAACAGUGGUGUUCCAUCCGAACCGACAACACCCGCAUCAAAUCUCGGACCAAUCGGUCCGCCGACUACAUCAAACGGUGUUUUGUAAAUGUGAACAUGCGCGCGCAUUAAGAUCUCUUUUUUUAUAACUGAACAAAACAAAAACAAAAUAUUUUUUUCUUCAUAAAAAGAAAUAUAAAUUGACAAAAGAAAAUGUUUAAUGCGCAUUUUUAAUAGAGCGCACGCUUCAUCAUGCAAAAUUACAAACAAAUACACAAACCUAAUACCGCAUUUUGAUCAUACAUACAUUUUUUCAUUAGAAUUUAAGCAUUAGCUUUUUAUUUCUUCAUAUAAUUUUCAUAUUUUUUUGUCAUAAUUCAUUUUUUAGAUUUUUUGAUUAUUGAUAAACCUUAUUUCACAUUCAUGUUAAGAAAAACUAAAAGCGUUUUUUUCUUUAAAAAAAAACGUCCGUUUCUCUCGCUAUGGAGUUAUACAUAAAUAUGCACAUCAUUCACGGAUUUUGUCCACAAGUUGUAAUAAAUGUGGUUAUGUAUGCUCCCAUAAUGGGCCAAAAAAACUAUAUUAUAUAUAAUACAAAAAACAUUUUACCUGUUACACACAACAAAUUUCCGAGAAAUUUCAAUGGCGCAUAUACUAAACAUUUGAUAAUCAGUUUCUCUUCUAAAUAGAUGCACUUUCACGCUCUAUUUUCCAGUUUCAUGAUCAACAAAGUACUUGUUUUGAAAAAAGUAUAUAGUUGAAGAAAAAAAAAUCGAUAGAAUCCCUUUUUAUACAAUAAAUACUUUACUAGUAUGUGACUUUUUGAUAAUAUUAAAAUUAAACUGUGUGAAAAAUUAAAAACAUUUUAUGAAAGUAGAUAUGUAUAUUGCACACAUUAUAUGACAAAUACUGGGGGAGUUGCCACAUUUUUUUUGCUCUACACUGUUACAUAAGACAAACAAAAAAAACACUGGCAGAACAAAAAAAAACAUGAAAUAAUUGUUAAAUUCAGAUAUAUCAAAUGGAUGUUUGUCGUGCAUUUCGAUGUUUAUUAUCUGAAACCAAAAGAAACAUAUAUAUAUAUAUGUGUAUAGCGAAAACUUAAAAAAUCUAUGGUCUUUUGUUCACAAAGUCAUACUCACCUCAAGUUUAACAUAUAGAAAUCAUUGUAUUUGACAAAAAAAUUGCACUUGUUGCGACUGAUUACAACACUAAAUACGAUGGCUUUACAUACUUAUGUGGUGGCCGAAAAGAAAAACGAAUAUAUGUAUAAUCAAAGCAUAAAAAAGACAUUUUGCUUCUUAUAAUUUUCAAAACAAGUGCGCUCGCAACUAGACGAAUUUCAAUCUGAUUUCGAAUGGAUUCAUUAGACAGCGAAGCAAUUUGAACUUGAUCUUGUUGGAUGUCAGAUACUAGCAAAUUCACUCCGCUACGCAUAAAAAUUAGUUCAUUUGUAAUCAAGUAUUUAUAGUAAGAAAAACAUGCAUAAAUAUGUAAAAUUUCACUCGAAAAGUACACUUCCUCUUUAUUAUAAAUAUUUAGUAGUUAUACAUUAAUAUACAAACUGUUCACUAUUUCUAAUAAUAAUAAUAAUAAUACUACAUAAUUCUUUUAGUAUUUGUAAUCAAUAAAAAUAACAAUUUCAUGUUCAGUGUUAAUACGUACAUAAAACAACAACAAAAUAUCCAGCAAAUUAUUCAUGAUACAAAAAUAUUGCGUGGACAUUUAAUCAAACUGUAAAUGGAGAAAAACAACUCAAAACAAUUUAAUGUUAUUUAGAUGAUAGAAUAUAAUAAACAUACAUGCAUUAAAAUGUGCUAACUAAAAUUGGAACGAUCAAAGGAACGGUCAUAAAUAUGAAACAAAAAAGAAAAGGUUUUCACCUGUAUCUUUAUCAACGGAAAUUGUAGACAUUUGAUUUUUCACUUAAAGUCAUAACACACACACACACACACAUGCAUACUUUUAGGCCCAAAACAAUAUGCGAGAAAAAAGUGGGAAUAAAACUUUUCAAUUGGAAUCAGCUCAUUUGUAAAUCAAAGUAUUUUGUAAAGUGUAUCAUAUCAUUAACUUGAGAAAAAAAAGAAAACCCGCAAUAGACCUUGUUGUGCAACAAGACAUGUCUUUUAAAUGGAUGCAGUUUUUUGGUGUCCCAUUCAUAAUUGUGGCUUUUUACUAUCUUGAAAAUUCAAUGUCGAACAUUUCAAACAAAAAUAACACUCACAUACGAUUUAAACCAGAAAUGUUUCCUUUGUUUUGUAUACAUGUUUUAUACCUUAAUUCUAUGUAUUAGUAUAUAUAUAUAUAUAUAUAUGUAUCACCCCGCUCUCCCAAAAGAAUAUUUGGAAUCACAAUUCGCCUACUUAGAUAUGGCUUUUGCAUUAGUUUUUCAUCAAUAGCAGUUAAUUAAAAACGAGUGUUGAUAAAAAAAUAUAUAACAUAUUAGAUUAAUAACAAGUCUUCGAAAUAAACAAAAUAGAAUGAUUUAUUUUUUAUUGAUCCAA